GGAGCACUGCACGAAGCGCCAAGCGCUCAUGCAAGUUGAUCGAAACAAACACUGUGACGUCACAUAGCAAUGGCGGCCAGCAGCACGACAGUGACAGUGCUCGCUCCCAAUGGAAGGAGGCAAACUGUCAAAAUCUCUUCCAGCACUCCGCUGCUGCAGGUUUUGGAAGACGUUUGCAAGAAGCACGGAUUCAAUCCGGACGAAUAUGAUCUCAAGUUCCAGCGGACCGUUCUGGAUCUGUCUCAGCAGUGGAGGUUUGCCAGUCUGCCCAACAAUGCCAAGCUGGAGAUGGCGCCAACAUCUCGCCAGCGCACAGGAGCGGAGAGCAGGGUUCGGAUUGCUCUCCAGUUGGAGGACGGGUCCAGACUCCAGGACUCCUUCUCCAGCGGACAGACGCUGUGGGAGCUCGUCAAUCACUUCCCCCAGACCAGGCUUCAGGAGCAGCAGCUGUCCGACUUCACGCCAGUCUGUGUGUACAUGAGGGAUGAGGUGAGCGGAGCCGAGACGCUGAAGCAGACCACCCUGAAGUCUCUCGGGCUCACGGGGGGCAGCGCCAUCGUCAGGUACGUUCUGAAAGCCACCGGAUCCCCAGAGGACGGCGAUUCCAUGGAGACGGCUGCUGUUGCCGUGGAGAAGAGCGAGGAGCCCCAGCCCGGGGUGUCGCCGCCUGCCUCUGAUUGGAUGGGCCCGGACGGGCCUCCCGCUACAGCCCCGCCCCCUCAGAGCACCGUGGCACAGACCCCCCCGGUGCGGGAGGAGGCCGACGGGACCCCGCAGCCCCCGCAGACAGUGCGUCCCAAAACCCGGCCCAAAAACCAGGAGUCAGACGAGCAGCCAGGGCCCAGCGGGGGAUGCCCCGCCCUGCCCCCGCCCCCCUCCGCCUCCCAGCCCUGCAGCUUCGUACCCUUCUCUGGGGGGGGCCAGCGGCUCGGGGGCGACGGAGGGCACGGCGCCCCCCCCAGUUUCAGCACUGUCCCUGCGGGCCCCCCCAAAGCCAAAAAGCCCAAACCCAGCAACGAGGCCAAGCGUACGGCGAGCGCCAAGAAUGGAGAGAGCAGCACGCAGCCAGAGGAGUUUCUGGAGCCGGUUGACAGGGAGCCCUUGGUGUACCACCUGGAUGCUGGAGUCCGUCGCCCCAGUUACAGUGAUGACCUGCCAGAUGAGUUUUUCGAGGUCACCAUCGAUGACAUCAGGAAACGGUUCGCGCAACUGAAGAGUGAAAGAAAGCUCCUGGAGGAGGCUCCUCUGAUGACCAAGGCUCUGCGGGAGGCCCGAAUGAAGGAGAAGCUGGAGAGAUACCCCAAGGUGGUGGUGAGGGUGCAGUUUCCCGACCGGCAUGUGUUGCAGGGCUUCUUUCGGCCCUUGGAGACAGUUGCCGCUUUGAAGCGGUUUGUGAGGAACCACCUGGCCGACCCUGAGCUGCGUUUCUACCUGUUCCUUGCUCCCCCCAAAACCAUCCUUGAGGACUCCACCGCCACACUGUUCCAGGCCAACUUGUUUCCUGCCGCGCUGGUUUAUUUCGGCUCUGAUGUAAAGACAGAUGUGUUCCUGCAGAGGCAGCUGUUAGACUCCAGUGUAUCGGCUCUGGAGGCUGAUGAGGCCAUAGCAGGCUGUAUGCCCAGGUCCCCGACCCCAUCAUCCACCUCGCUGGUUUCGGAAGAGCCCUUUCCACCCCCCGCGGGGUCAGACGCGCCCGCCAGCGAGCCCAGCGCAGCGGCAGACCUGCCCCCGCCCCACGCUAACAGCCAAGCGCCAAAAGCAGUUAGGACUGAUCCCAGCAAACUGCCCGCAUGGCUCAAACUGCCAGGUAAAAAAUGAAGACUGGGGGUCUCAGGGAGAGGGGGGGUCACGCAGUGCGGACUCUGCCCUGGGGUGGAAUUCCACAUUCUCUCAGAUUCACAGCCAGCUGCUCUCUAACACAGAGUGGAACCGGUGCUUCUGUAGUUUUACAGUAAUAUAACACACAUCAAUAAAAUGAGCA